GCGCGCGCUCGCGUCCCCGUCGGCUGCGGGGGCUCGGAAGCCGAGGAGAAAAGGCUGCGAGGCGGCGGCGGCUGCGGCGGUGGCCGAGAGAGUACAGAGAAUGAACCAGCAGUGGAAGAGAAAACCCUCUAAGUUGGCCGACAACUAGUAAAGAAGAUGUUUUAUUUUUGUGACAGGUGCAUGUGGGAUCUGUGAUAGAAAUGAUGGCUGGCUGUGGUGAAAUUGAUCACUCGAUAAAUAUGCUUCCUACAAAUAAGAAGGCGAGCGAGUCCUGUUCUAGCGCUGCACCUUCUCUCACAGUUCCCGAGUGUGCCAUCUGCCUGCAAACGUGUGUCCAUCCCGUCAGUCUGCCCUGUAAGCAUGUUUUCUGUUAUCUGUGUGUAAAGGGCGCUUCAUGGCUUGGGAAGCGAUGUGCUCUUUGUCGACAAGAGAUUCCUGAGGAUUUUCUGGACAAGCCAACCUUGUUGUCACCAGAAGAACUUAAGGCUGCAAGUAGAGGAAAUGGUGAAUAUGCAUGGUAUUACGAAGGAAGAAACGGCUGGUGGCAGUAUGAUGAGCGCACUAGCCGGGAGCUGGAAGACGCUUUUUCCAAAGGUAAAAAGAACACGGAAAUGUUAAUUGCUGGGUUUCUGUAUGUUGCCGAUCUUGAAAACAUGGUUCAGUAUAGGAGAAAUGAACAUGGACGUCGCAGGAAGAUUAAGCGAGAUAUAAUAGAUAUACCAAAGAAGGGAGUAGCUGGACUUAGGCUGGACUGUGACACUAAUACUGUGAGUCUAGCAAGAGAAAGCUCUGCUGAUGGUGCGGACAGUGUAUCAGCACAGACUGGAGCUUCUGUUCAGCUUCCAGUGCCGUCUUCCUCAAGACCACUAACAUCAGUUGAUGGUCAGUUAACCAGCCCCGUAACACCAUCCCCGGAUGCAGGCACUUCUCUGGAAGACUCUUUUGCUCAUUUACAACUCAGUGGAGACAGCAUAGCUGAACGGAGUCAUAGAGGUGAAGGAGAAGAAGAUCGUGAAUCACCAUCUUCUGGCAGAGUACCAGACACUUCCGUUGAAGAAACUGAAUCGGAUGCCAGUAGUGAUAGUGAGGAUGUCCCUGUGGUGGUUGCACCGCACUCCUUGAACCAGCAGAGACUUUUGGUUUCAAAUGCAAACCAGACAGUAGCUGAACGAUCAGACCGACCGGGGACUGACCGAUCAGUAGCAGGGGGUGGAACCAUGAGUGUCAAUGUCAGAUCGAGAAGGCCUGAUGGACAGUGCACAGUGACAGAGGUUUAAACAGACGUCUUCAGUGCCACACUCAAGGGUGAAAUGGAUACCUGUAAAUUUCUGCCCACAUAACAUUAUACUCAUCCUUAGUAGUGCAUUGUGGGAGUUGGGGUGGGAAGGAAUAUGGGAAAGACAGACCUGAAAUUAAAAUGUCUAACAUUG